UCUCACGCCUUUCACUCUCAUUCUCUGAUUUCACGAUACAGCCAUACAGGACGCAUUCUCACCGGCCACCACCACGCCGUCCGCCGCACCACCACGCCGUCCGCCACACCACCACUGUCCAGCCGUGCCUCUGGCUCUGCGGUUCUACUUCUACAGACCACGGACAUCGUAAUCUCAUUGUGUGGAAUCCAUCAACGGGUGUUCGCAAACCAAUAUCGUACCCAAAUGUUAAGUUCAUGUAUGAAUCCUUAUCAGGAUUUGGGUAUGAUGCAUCAACUGAUGAUUAUCUGGUUCUUCUUAUGUCAAAGCCCAAGAUUCGAUCACAUUCUUCUGAUUGGAAAACAGAUAUUGCGAUUUUCUCUUUGAAAACCAAUUCAUGGGACCAGAUUAAGCGUGUCAAAUUCCCAUAUCGGAGUUGCCAUCCUAUAACUGAUGCUGGGUUACUUUUAAAUGGAGCUCUUCAUUGGUUGGUUUAUUCUCGUGAUGUGCAUGGGGUUGUAAUCAUUGCCUUUGACAUGAUUGAAAAGAGUCUACUAGAGAUUCCUUUACCUUCUGGUAUAGACAAGGGAUUAGCAUUUCAAUUUAGAGGAGGACUUUAUUUGAGGGUAAUGGGAGAUUGUCUUUGUCUGUGUUAUACUGGUUGUAGUUAUCGCGUAAUGGCUGAGAUAUGGAUGAUGAAAGAGUAUAAAGUGCACUCGUCUUGGACUAAGUCAUAUGUUCUGCCCACCGAUAACAUCCCUCAUAACUUCUUUCUUCCAAUGAGCUUCACCAAAUCUGAAGGAUUAUUUGGAUCAAAUUGCAGUGGAAGUUUAGUGAAGUUUAAUAGCGAAGGAGUUUUAACUGAACAAGCCGCAUGCAGAAUUAAGUCGUUCAAAUCAGAUCUAUUAGAGUUUGCGGUGUAUAAAGAAAGCCUACUCUCCCUCCCUGGUGACUCUGGGGAAUUAAGUGAAAAUGGCCAACAAUAAUAGACUAGAAGAAUUACGGGGUUGGGGAAAGAGUGGUUCGACCAUGACUUAUUUCUCAAGGAUAUCACUCAGCUCUUUUACCACUUGAGCUAUCUAUAGAGGGGGGACUAAUCAAAUUUCAUUAUCUCAACAGAAGAACUGAUGCUCAAUGGGCUUGAAAGUGGCUUUAGUUAUGCAUCUCAUUAAUUGCUGGAAUUCUAGAACUAGCAGUAGCAUGGUUUCAGUUUAGUUUUCUUUUCAUACUUGAAACAAUCAUUGUUGUUGCAUAUUUCGUUCUUUAAUGAUCAAAAUUACAAUGCAACUCACUGGUAGGUGAGUGUUGAUUUUAUCCGUAGUUCCUGGAAGUCUAUUGUCAGGAUAUUUUAUCAAACCCAAAUGAUAUUUUUUCCGAUGAAAUACAUUUAAAUGUACUGCUACAGUUUACAUUUAUAUUGACCAAGAUUAUUCAGGUCUAUAUACUCUACAAUUUAUACCAUAUUUAUACCGAGAUUCUCAUUCAAUUCGACA